AUGGAAUCGUUGUUUGAUCAGUAUGACGAGGUACAAUUACAAUUAGAAUGUGUAGUUGAUAAUCCUGAAGCCCAGUUUAUCGAGCGACAGGAGUUUGAGUCUCGUUAUUAUAGAGAAAUAGCUAGGGCUCAAGGUAUAUUGCACGCGCAAACAAACUCAAUGCCGCUGUUGAGCGCAAGCAGCGAGGAAGGUUCUCGUGCAAGUCGCCGUCUUGUGAAGUUACCUACAAUACAGAUUCCAAAAUUUAGUGGUUCUUACGAUAAUUAUUUGGAAUUUCGAGACACUUUCACUAGCCUCAUACAUGAUAACGAUGAUAUUGAUGAAAUAAAUAAAUUUCACUAUUUAUGCACUUCUCUGGAAGGGUCCGCUGCUGUGGUGAUCCAAUCAGUUCAACUUUCGGCCAGCAACUAUGCAGUUGCAUGGAAGCUUCUGUGUGAUAGGUUUGAUGACAAACGUCUUUUACUACAAAAUCACGUCUCAGCUUUAUUUAAUAUUGAAUCUAUCACACAAGAGUCAUCUGUUAUGUUAAAGCGAUUAAUUGAUCAAGUCAAUAAAAAUCUGUGUGCGCUUGAGUCCUUGAACGAACCUGUUAGGCAAUGGGAUACUCUUUUAAUUCAUAUCAUUACUCAUAAAUUAGAUCGAAAGACAUACAGAGAGUGGGAGGAAUACAAGGGACGUAUGGAUCAGAACAGGUCCAUUACUUUCGAUGAUUUUUUAACAUUUAUUCGCAGUCGUGCUGAUUUAUUAGAAACACUAGAGUUGUCACGUGGUAACCAGUCAUAUAAUAAGUUCACUCCAAAAAUUAAGUCUAUGGUGGCGGUACCAGGUAACUCUAGUCAGCAGUCGAAUGCUGAAACAACCCAAAGGGCUUGUCCUAUGUGCAAGGGUAAUCAUUUCUUAUAUAAUUGUUCUCAAUUUUUGGCUUUGACUGCUGAGGCCCGUUUGAACUUGCUACCUGGUUAUAAAGUUUGUUUUAAUUGUUUCCGAAGAGGGCACUUUGCCAACUCGUGUAAGAAACCAGGUUGCAAGGUAUGUAAACGACGCCAUAAUACACUUAUUCAUGUAAAUCAGCAGGCACGUCGGGGAAAUAGCUCUCCAUCUGAGAUAUCAUCGUCCGCCUCUCCACCACAGCCCGCGUCUAACGAUACGAAUGACGUUGCGUUGUCAGCAAAUGUACGUAACGGGCAUUGCGAGGUACUUCUGUCUACUGUUUUAAUUAAAUUAUACGAUAACAAUAAUCGUGAGCAUAUUGUGCGUGCAGUGUUAGACAGUGGAAGUACAUCGAGUCUUAUGACUGAAAAACUGUGUCAACAGUUGAACUUACAGACUAGUCAGGUUACUGGCUCAAUCCUAGGCAUAAACAAUUCUGUUUCUACAGGUGAAAUUGUUACACCUUUGAUGGGAAAUUUACCACAGCAGCACAUCGCUCCAGACGGUUAUCCGUUUCAAAGUGAUGGAGUAGACUAUGUUCACUCAUGUGUGCUAGUCGUCAAGGUCGUGGCUAUAGGCCAUUUUCUUAUUGGACGUCCUCUUACAUCCUUACCACAAGAUGAUUACCAAACUAAGUCCUUUGAUCACUUGACUAGAUUUCAACGAAUUGAGCAAUUACGCCAGCAUUUUUGGGCUCGUUGGAGCAAAGAAUAUAUAGCUGAACUUCAGCAAAGUACAAAGUGGCGUACUGAUCAGGAUAAUCUGAAGCUGGACACUUUAGUAGUGGUGAAGAAUGAUAACCUCCCGCCGCUAAAAUGGAGAUGA